CCAUGGCGACUGUGGCCUCCACGGUUCCGCGGUGUCUGUUCUAUGCUGCCAGGAGCUUGCCAGCAGGCUGGGGGGCCCCAGAUGACUACAGACUAAGGAGGAGGAUGAGCUGUAGCCACUGGAGGGCGACAGAUGGAAGGAAGCUGCGCAGGGGCUGCUGAUGAUACCGAGAAGAAUGCUGGUCAAGCCUGGAGCUUGUCAGCCUCCCCCUCCAGAGAUGUUCACAAGGACAGUAAGGGGAUCAUCCUUUCAUCUUCAUCAACUUUAGACUUGAGUCAAAGUGGUCUGUGCCAUCUGGAAAAGGUCUUUAGAAUCCCCAAUCUUCAACAUUUGCAUCUUCAGAGAAAUGCCCUCUGCAUGAUUCCUAAAGAUUUCUUUCAGUUACUGCCAAACCUGACUUGGCUCGACCUCCGAUAUAAUAAAAUUAAGGCGCUUCCUUCUGGGAUUGGAUCUCACAAGCAUUUGAAGACUUUGCUUUUAGAAAGAAAUCCUAUCAAAAUGUUACCUAUGGAGCUGGGGAACAUAGCCACACUAAGGGCACUGAAUUUAAGACAUUGCCCCCUGGAAUCCCCUCCUCAGCUUGUUGUACAGAAAGGAGUCGCAGCCAUCCUGACCUUCCUGCGGAUCUGUGCAGCAGAGCAUGACUUCCCUAGGGAUGCAGCUUCUCAAGAGAGCUCACCUGUUAAAAAGAUGGACCUACAUGGGCUUCCAGAUCUCGUGCAACAUUUAUCAAAAUAUAAGAUGUCUACCAGAGAAAUUGUGACUACUCAGAACCCAACGGUGGCUGUGAUAAAACAAAAAGUGGACUUUCCCCCACCUAUUGAGAGGUUAGACCUGAGUGUACUCAGAAGAUCCACUGAAUCUCCAGAACAGUGGCUGAGUGAGGAGGAAAUCAAGCGCUUCUGGAAGCUGAGGCAGGAGAUUGUUGAAAAUGAAAAGGCAGAGGUUCUUGAAAACCAGCUCUUACCCAUUGAGUUGCCUCCAAAUAUCAAGGCAGCAUUAAACACUAAGGGGAAAGAACACUCAAAGCCAAGACACAUGUUCAGAAGCAAGAGGCCCUCCUUCAAGAACAUAUUACCUGCUCUCUCAUCACCUUACCAAACAAUGAUGCCAACAAAAAGACUUGAAGAACGUCGAGUGACAGCCCUGAGAGAGCUCCGCGAGAAACAGGCUCUGAUGGAGCAGCGGAGGAGAGACAAAAAAGCCCUGCAGGAAUGGAGAGAGCAGGCCCAGAUGCUGAAGAAGAAAAAGGAGGAACUCAGUAAACUCCUGCCUUCACCUAGAGGCAUGGUGGCAUCAAAGAUUCCAUUUGCUACACAUAUGAUAGAUCAUGGGAGGAUUCCAGUGAGUCCACAGGGCAAAAAGAAACAUGGCAAAGAGAGCUUGUCACAGGCAUGUGAAGAAAUAAGUCCUUCCCGAGUGGCAGCUGAUCUGGAGGAAAAGAUAAAGCGGCACAUACAACAAAUGCAUUCACACAGGAGCUUCCAGGGUGCACCGGAGCUGCAGGAGAUGAAGACAGCCACCCAGGACUUGAACAUUGCCAAGAAACUGCAGGAUGAAGUAAUGAAACUAAAAUUGGAAUUAAACAAAGAGCAUCCGUUUGCAACUCUCACCGGAAACCUUUCACUUCACUCACCAACAUCAUGACCUCAAAAUAUAUUUUUUAACACAAAAUAUUAGGAAGAUGUUUGUAGUACCAAUGUGAAGCUUCUUUAAACAUGAGGAACCGACUCAUCUCUUGUGUGGCGGUUGGGACUAGUGUUAGGGUAUUCAGUGUUUUUAUGAUUUAUUUCACAGGCAGCCCCUUGUUUUUAAAUAAAUCUGUGUUCCUUUCCUGAGGCUGUGAAAGGUUUAAGUAUCAUUAAAAGAAUGAGGAUAUUACAGACAAACCUAUUGUUUUCAUUUGUUAUCUUUUUCUGCCAACCCAGCUGACAAAGUCAUUUGAAAGUCAGCAUCAAUCCUCCCUCUCCCUUACUCCAUGCAACCGAGUCACAAAUAUAGUCAUAGUUCUCAUUAACCUAUUUGUUUUAGUAUAGGAAUCUAGUUUGCUUGACUUCCUGCCACAGCAGGAGUCCCUGAAGGUUGUCCAGAAGGAAGGAGUGACAGCCACAGGGGUUUGGGUAAGAGCUUUUCCUGUUCCCUGCCCAGGAAAGGUGUUUGCUUACGUACUAGACCCUUCAACUGCACAGUGAAAUCCAGCCCAGGGCAUGCCUCUGCCUGCAGGGCUCCAGACCAUCCCCUGGCUGAGCAGACCUGCAUUUGACCUCCCCUCUGCCCAGGCUGCUCUUGUGCUAUGCAACUUAGGCUCUUACACUGAAUGUUUAAGAAGGGUGUUAUUAAAGAUGGGCCUUGUCCUGAACACAUCUUUAACAAAUGUCAGACUUCCAGACUUUGUUUCCUUUUGUGUCAGUUUUAGAAAAUAAGUUUUUCAAGGAAUUUUUCCAUUUCAUCCAAGUUGUCAAAUAUGUAUUAGCACAAAAUUCUUCAUAAAAUUCUCCAUUAUCAGUCUUC